GAACUCGGGCGACUGCACUGGGCCUCUCGCCGCUCCUAGCGCCCUCCCGACACCCGCAGCGGACCAUGUCUGCGGCGGCCUCCACGCUCCUGGCAGCCUCCUGCAGCCGUCCCAGCCCCUGCAGCAGCCUCAGGAAGCAGCCCGCAGGCCUUGGACGCGCCAAUGCCCGUCCCCAGCAGCUGCGGGCGGGGCGAUCAAUCGCUUCCAGGCGCCCUUUGAGCGUUGUGGUGCGCGCAAAGGGCAAGGCGGGCGACCCGCCGGAUGUUCCGAAGCCCCGGGACCAGCGCCAGGGCGGCAGGGAGUGGCUGCAGUCCAUUCUGUCACGCUUCGGGCCAGUCAAGGAGAAGGCGUCCAACACGACCGUGCUGGACUUUGAGAAGCCGCUUGUGGAGCUGGACAACCGCAUCAGGGAGGUGCGGCAAGUAGCGGAGGAGAAUGGAGUGGAUGUCAGCAACCAGAUCAAGGAGCUGGAGGAGCGGGCCAAGCAGCUGCGCAAGGACACGUACAACCGGCUGACGCCCAUCCAGAGGCUGCAAGUGGCGCGCCACCCCAACCGCCCCACCUUCCUGGACAUCGCCCUCAACAUCUCCGAGAAGUUUGUGGAGUUGCACGGCGACCGCGGCGGGCUGGACGACCCUGCCAUGGUGUGCGGGCUGGCCUCCAUGGACGGAAUCUCCUUCAUGUUCAUCGGCCACCAGAAGGGGCGCAACACCAAGGAGAACAUCUACCGCAACUUUGGCAUGCCGCAGCCCAACGGGUACCGCAAGGCGCUGCGCUUCAUGCGCCACGCCGACAAGUUUGGCUUCCCCAUCGUCACCUUUGUCGACACCCCGGGCGCGUACGCCGGCAAAGCGGCUGAGGAGCUGGGACAGGGCGAGGCGAUCGCAGUGAACCUGCGGGAGAUGUUUGGGUUCAGGGUGCCCAUCAUUUCUGUGGUGAUUGGCGAGGGCGGCUCCGGCGGCGCGCUGGCCAUCGGCUGCGCCAACAAGAACCUCAUCAUGGAGAACAGCGUCUACUAUGUGGCCUCCCCCGAGGCCUGCGCAGCCAUCCUGUGGAAGAGCCGCGACAAGGCGGGCACGGCCACCGAAGCGCUCCGCAUCACACCCGACGACCUCGUGCGCUUUGGCGUGAUGGACGAGAAGAUCCCGGAGCCGCUGGGCGCGGCCCACACCGACCCCAUGUCCGCCUUCCCCGCCAUCAAGGAGGGCAUCAUGCGCCACUACCGCAGGUAUGCUUCGAUGAGCGCUGAGGAGGUGCAGCUGGACCGCUACUCCAAGUUCCGGCAGCUGGGCAUGUGGGAGGAGUUUUUGGUGGCGGGCGGCAAGAACAAGGAGGCGCGAGAGGCGCUGCAGACGGCCCCGGGCGCCACCACGGCGGCGGGCACGUGGGCUCCCACCGCCGAUGACGCCAAGUUCAUUGAGAUGGUGGCUGACAUGGAGGACAAGUGGCAGCAGACCCUGGCCACCAAGCAGGAGUGGGUGACGAAGCCCGACCUCCCAGCAGGCGUGUCGCGCCCCGGCAUGCUGGAGCUGGCGGCGGCGGCGGUGGAGGCGCGGCGCCGGCUGGCCAGCGGCGCGGGCGCGGCGGUGGACGAGGGCAGCGCCGCGGCGGCGGCCAGGUCCAACCCCAAUGGCAGCGCCGAGCUGGUGGCUGAAGGCACCAAGUGAUGCUGAGGGUCUUGGCUUCCUGCCCAGCCCGGGCCGCUGCAACGGCCGUCGGCGGCGGUCGCCGGCCCCCGGCUCGCCCCCUGCCCACCUGUUUUGUACCAUCUGCCCUGCCCGUGGCGCGGCGCCCGAGCCCCACGCCCCGCCCCGCCCCGCCCGGGCUCCUGCCCCCGCACCGGCCCGGCGCGUGUGCGGGGCGGUCGCCUCUUCCCUCUGUUGUUCUUCCGUCUGAACUCCCUCCUGCCGAACCGCUGAGCGCUGGUGCCCGUUACUUGUGGUGUGGAACCCUUUGUGCUUGUGCAUGCUCUCUUCUCCCCUCCCCCCGCCCAGCUGCCUGCUCGGGAGCAGCGCCGCUGCCU